UGUUGAUCCACCACAGUCAAUAUAGAAAGUCCGAUCCGUGAUCCCGCAGAGCACAAACAGCCAAAAAUGACAAAGACCAGAGUUUAUGUUAUCGGAGUGGGCAUGACCAAGUUCGAAAAGCCCGGUCGCCGAGCUGAUGUUUGCUACCCAGACUUUGCCAAGGAGGCAAUUACAAAAGCUCUCCAGGAUGCGGGCAUUAAGUUCGAGGAAGUGCAGCAGGCAGUGGCUGGUUAUGUCUAUGGAGACUCCACCUGCGGCCAGCGGGCGAUUUACGAGGUGGGAAUGACCGGCAUUCCUGUCUACAACGUAAACAACAACUGCUCCACAGGAUCGAGUGCCCUCUAUCUGGCCAAGCAGAUCGUCGAGAGCGGGAACUCCGACUGCGUUUUGGCGUUGGGAUUUGAAAAAAUGGAGCGGGGCUCCCUGUCAUCAAAGUACUUUGAUCGUGCCAAUCCUAUGGAGCGCCAUAUCACCGAGAUGGGUGAGCUGACCGAGAUCGGAGCUGGUCCCAUGGCUGCCCAGAUUUUUGGUAACGCUGGCAAGGAACACAUGCAGAAGUACGGCACCAAGCCCGAGCAUUUUGGCAAGAUCGCCUGGAAGAACCACAAGCACUCCGUUAACAAUCCCUACUCGCAAUUCCGCGAUGAAUACACCCUGGAGCAGAUUAUGAAGUCGCCACAGGUUGUGGAGGGUGUGCUGACCAAGCUGCAGUGCUGUCCCACUUCCGAUGGAUCUGGAGCAGCCAUCCUCGCUUCCGAGGCCUUUGUUCGUCGCCAUGGACUAGAAAAGCAGGCUGUGGAGAUUGUGGGCAUGGAGAUGGCAAGUGACCCGGCGUCAACCUUCGCCGACAAGAGCCUCAUGAAGAUUGCUGGAACCGACAUGACCCGUCUGGCCACUCAGCGUCUGUUUGCCAAGAGCGGAUACAAGCCCCAGGAUGUGCAGGUGGUGGAGCUGCACGAUUGCUUCUCGGCCAACGAAUUGGUCACUUAUGAGGCACUAGGACUGUGUGGAGAGGGAAAGGCUGGCGAGUUUAUUGACGCUGGAGACAAUACCUACGGUGGAAAGUUUGUGGUAAACCCAAGUGGUGGACUUAUCUCUAAGGGUCAUCCUCUGGGAGCCACGGGUUUGGCUCAGUGUGCUGAGCUCUGCUGGCAGCUCCGUGGAUUGGCUGAGAAACGGCAGGUGCCUAACGCCCAGUUGGCUCUGCAGCACAAUCUGGGUUUGGGAGGAGCUGUAGUAGUAGCUUUGUAUCGACUGGGUUUCCCCGGUGCCUCCAAGGCAAAGUUGUAAGGGAUGGGAACUAUUGUAAAUAUUUUUAAUCAAACUUAAAUUUUCAACUUCACAGAGAGUGUUCGGCGUAGAUAUUUUAUUUUUAUUAUGGUUGAUAAAAAUGAA